AUGCAACGCGGCUUUCGACUUAGACGAUGCAGGGAACAAUGCUCUCAUGGUCACCUCGGUAGGCGGCAACCAGGCCGUGCUCUGCCGCUUCUCGUGCCGCUGCUGCUGGCGGCGCUGUUCGUGCCGCGAGCGGCGGACUCGGCGUGCUCGUCGGUGCGGCAGGUGGUGGUGGUGGGCGCAGGCAUGUCGGGCGUCUCGGCUGCCCACCGCAUCGCCACCACCAACGGCGAAUGCUUCAAGGUGUGCUGGGGCGCGCAGGAUGGCAGUGGUGGAGGCGCGCGGCAGGGUGGGCUGUUGCAUGUGGUGUGCAAACUAACAGCCCCCCCCCCUUUUCUGCUCUUCCCCCCACCCCCCCUUACUCCCAAUCCCCCCCUUCCCCCCUCCCCGCCCUUCCCCCACCCAUCCACGGUAGUGGAUAGAGGCGGGCGGCAGGUCUUCUCAUCUCUUCCUCUUCUCCCUUUUCCCCCCUUCUCCCCCCACCCCUCUCUCGCCUCCCUAGGUGACAUCGUGACAGUGGUAGAGGGCUGGGCUGCUACCGUUGGACUGCAACGGCUGCUUAUCUCUACCUCGCUCAACCCCUCCUCCCCACUCCAGGUGACGGUGGUGGAGGCGCGCGGAAGGGUGGGCGGGCGCAUGUGGAGCCGAACGGAGGCCGCCCCUGCCGGCUCGCCCACUGCGUUCCUGCGAGGCGAGAUGGGCGCACAGUGGAUCGAGGGCGCCACAGGAAACCCUGUUGCCGCCCUGGCUCGGCGGUUCAAGCUCAGAAUCGGGCGGCAGAACGGGCGGGAGAUACAGUACACAGCCAAUGGGAAGAGAUACGGGGAGCCCAGGUGGACGGCAGCGGAGGCGGAUUAUCAGACGUUGGUACGGCAAGGCUUGGCCUGGGCGAACAGACAGGACAAGGACGUGAGCCUGCAGCAGGCGUUCACCAGCGGGCCGUGGAAGCGGCGAGUGUUUAUGAAGCCUUAUGUUCAGUCGCGUCUCUCAGUGGACUUUGAGUUCGACUUUGCCGCCCCUCUCUCGCGCCUCUCUGCUUGGUACUUUGACUCGCUUGCCUUCAAGCCGCCCACUGUGGUGGUUACCAACGGCUACGACAACAUCCCCCAGAUGCUCAUGCAGGAAGCAGUGGCAGCAGGGGCAGUUCUAACCCUCAACUUCGAGGUAACCGCCAUCGCACAGUCCUCUACCGGCGUGCAGAUCACGGGAAAGAACACCGCCACCAACGCCAUUACCACGCUGGACGCUGACGUGGUAAUCGUCACAAUCCCUCUCGGGGUGCUCAAGGCCAACACCAUCGCCUUCUCCCCGCCGCUCCCCCCCCGCAAGGCUGGUGCCUUGGCGCGCCUGGGAGUGGGCGCCAUCGCCAAAAUCUUAUUUUUUUUCAACCAGACCUUCUGGCCGGUCAACGUGGACGAAUAUUUCAUCGAGGAUUCGCAGCUGCCCGCGAAUCGCGGGCGGUGGGUUGACUGGGUGAACCUGAAACGAGUCUGGGGACAGACAGCCUUAAUGGGGGUCGCCCUGGGGGAGUAUGCGGAGCGGAUGAAUGGGAUGAGCGAUGAGGAGGUGAUUAACGACGCCAAGGCGAAGAUGGCGCGCAUGUUCCCGCAGUACCGCAAGAAGCCGCUUGAGCCGCUGGCCACUUGGAUCCAGCGGUGGACGGCCGAACCGUAUUCGCGGGGCGCGUACAGCUAUGCGCGCGUGGGCGUGCGGGGGAACGAGGAUCACUGCACGGACUAUGAUGUGAUGGCGCUGCCCGAGGGGAGGGUGCUGUUUGCGGGGGAGCACACCAUCUGGCAGUACCAGGCCACCGUGCAUGGCGCCCUGCUCUCCGGCGUCCGCGAGGCCAAGCGCGUGCUCAGGAACUUCUGA